UUUCAGACAUUUAAACUGGCGUUCAUCCGUUAACUAUCUUCACCUGCUUAGAUGAAAGUUGACUCUGGUUGUGGAAGGACGAAAUACUCACGAAACUUGUGUGUAAGGGCGAUUCAUUUUUGGUGACAAUUUUAUUGUGCUUCGAGGAACGAAUUUGUUGGAUUUGUGAGUGAUCGUAGCUGCUGUAGUAAUGUCCCAUUUUGGGUUUGAGAAUGACAUCCACAACGUCCUCCGUCUGGACAUGCCCAUCACAAACGCCCCGAUGGCGCGGUGGGAGAGGAAAGCCAGCACGUCCAGCUCCUCCAACAUAAGCUCUCUCACACCGAACAAGAGUGUCAAUAGAUCAGUGAGCCUUUCCAAAACCCCCAGUAAAACCCCAGGAAAGAAUGGCAAGACCCAAAACACCCCCUCUAAGGCAGGAGGAGAUCGAUUCAUUCCCCAAAGGAAUAACAAACAGAUGGAUGUUGCAAGUUUUCUUCUUUCCAAAGAGAACGAGCAAGUAGAAGAAGCCACAUCCUCUACAGCAAAAGCUUGGUCUGUGACACUAAACGGAUAUGACAUUGAAGAAGCAAAGAUCUUGCACUUAGGAGGAAAACCAUUGAAUGCCCCUGAAGGUUAUCAGAAUAAUUUAAAGGUUCUCUACAGCCAGGUGCAAACACCAGCCUCUAUCAAGAAGAGCCGGUACAUUUCCUCAGUUCCAGAGCGGAUUCUAGAUGCCCCUGAUAUCAAAAAUGAUUUCUAUCUGAACCUGAUGGAUUGGGGAAGGCAGAACAUUUUGGCAGUUGGCCUUGCCAACCAUGUGUAUUUGUGGGAUGCUGCAGCCGGAGGCAUUGUUCUAUUGAAGAAAAUGGAGGAUGAUAACGAGUACAUCUGCUCGGUCUCUUGGAGCAAAGAUGGCAAUUUCUUGGCUGUUGGGACGAGUGACUGUAAAGUUGAGUUAUGGGAUGUUCAAUACCAAAAGCGUCUCCGCAGCAUGGAUGGCCACUUGGCAAGGGUUAGCUGCUUGAGUUGGAAUGAUCACAUUUUGUCUAGUGGCUCCAGAUCUGGUUUGAUUCACCAACAUGAUGUUCGGGUAGCAGACCACCACAUCUUCACCUUUGGUGGACACACUCAGGAAGUCUGUGGCCUUACCUGGUCCCCAGAUGGGAAAUAUUUAGCUAGCGGUGGUAAUGACAACAUGGUGUACAUUUGGCCAAUGACGAGUGGCUCGGAUAAUCAUGCCAUCCAUGCUCUAAGUGAACACCAGGGAGCGGUCAAGGCAUUGGCGUGGUGCCCUUGGCAGCCGAGCAUCCUUGCGUCAGGAGGAGGCACCAGUGACCGUCACAUUCGCAUCUGGAAUGCCAACAGUGGCUCUUGUAUCAGUGCCUUAGACACUUGUUCACAGGUAUCAUCUCUUGUUUUUGCGCCAAAUUACAAAGAGUUGGUGUCUGGUCAUGGUUUUGCUCAUGACAAGGUUGUUAUCUGGAAAUACCCAUCGCUCACUAAAGUUGCAGAACUUGAAGGACACGAAGACCGGGUCCUCAACUUGGCGCUCAGUCCAGAUGGUUCGACCGUGGCUUCCGUUGCCGCAGACGAAACGAUUCGACUUUGGAAGAGUUUUGAAAAGGAUGCGGUCAAGAAACCAAAGCCUACCAGCAGCAUCAUUCAACAACAUAUUCGAUAAUUAUGAACUGGAUAUUUUAAUUCAUCUGUCAUUCAGAGGGUUGGAAGAUUUGAAGAGCUAAAGCAGUUUCCCAGCUGUUCAUUAGAAAGUCCCUUUGGUUUUAUUGUUUGGCUUUCAAAGGGCUGGGCAAUUCCAUUAACAAACACUGAAGUUGUUACGUGUUGUUACAUCAGUCAAGCUCUACACUACGUUUUAUUAGGCACUCCCUUAUUCUUGUGUUUUUACAGACACAAUGGGUUUAUAAAAAAACAGAAAAAUGAGCAUGGCUGGUAAAUGGGAUUCCUAGUAGACCGCCUCCCCUAAAAGCUAAGUCCUUUUAUUACUUUCCUAUCAAGUUUUUGCAUAUUUAACCAUAAAGGUGAACAUUAAAUUAUGUACAGAAAUGUAAAGUUUCAAAUAAAGUUUUUGUAAGCAAGUAUUUACUUAACUUUUGACAUGUUUCUCAUAUUUGCCUUAUAGCUGCUCAAUGUUGUGUUUUAAUGCUGAGUUUAAUCUUUUAAUUUUUAAUGUAUGGUUUUAAAAUUAAGUGGAAUUAUGUAUUGCCAUGUUGGCAGAAUAGUUGAAUAAACGCCACUGAAAACCUCUA